AUGUCGAAAAUUUUCUCGACAAUCUUGUUAUGUUUCCUGGCAUUAGGGUUCUGCGAAUGCGGAGGAUUAACUAAUAACUUUUAUAGUACGAGUUGCCCCAAUGCCGAGAAAAUUGUUAAGAAAAUAAUUAGUAAACAUGUAGCUAAUGAUGCAACAUUGCCUGCUAAGCUUCUCAGAAUGCAUUUUCAUGACUGCUUUGUUAGGGGUUGUGAUGGAUCGGUGCUGAUAGAUUCUACUGCAAAACAUAAAGCAGAAAAGGAAGCGGUCCCGAAUCUGUCUUUGGGAGGAUUCGAAGUUAUAGAGGAAAUCAAGACUCAGCUCGAGAAAACUUGCCCUGGAAUUGUUUCGUGUGCUGAUGUUCUCGCUUUAGCUGCGAGGGACUCGGUUUCGUUCAAACAUUUAUGGAAACUAAUAAUACAGUUCAAUAAACCGAUGUGGGAGGUGGAAACAGGCAGAAGAGACGGCAUCGUUUCACGCGAAUCCGAUGCCUUAAACGAACUCCCUUCACCCGCUUCCGAUUUCAAAACCCUAAAACAAUCUUUUGCCGACAAAGGCCUCUCUGUCAAGGAUCUUGUUGUUCUUUCAGGAAUUCCGAUUUUCACACACACACACACAGGAGCUCACACUAUCGGUGUCGGGAAGUGCAUCGUAUUCAGCAACAGGCUGUACAAUUUCACCGGAAAAGGAGACACGGAUACUUCCUUAAACACUACCUACGCCGCCACACUGCGAUCAAAAUGCCGAAGCUUGUCCGACCAAACAACGACGGUUGAAAUGGACCCCACAAGCUCUUUGGAUUUCGACAAUCAUUAUUUCACGGCGUUAAAACUCCGUCAGGGACUUUUUCAGUCGGACGCCGCCCUUUUGACCAAUGACGUGGCACGCGGCGUGGUUGACCAGAUGUUGACUUCUGGAAAGUUUUAUACUCAGUUUGGAAAAUCCAUGAAGAAGAUGGGUGCAAUUGGUGUGCUUACUGGAGAUGAAGGGAAAAUCAGAAAGAAAUGCAAUAUUGUUUAAUGUUAAAUGUUAAUUAACUAAUAAAUUUUACCUUAUUUUUUUUUCUUUUUUCUUCCUAUCUUUAAUCUUUUGAUCGAAUUUCUCUUUCAUUUAGUAUUUACAUUAAUUAGAAAAAUUUGUGUUGUGUUAUAAGAUUUUUCGUAAUUUUUUUACUCGAGAUAGUAAAAAAUUAAAAUGAUCAUAAAAAAUGAGACAAUUAUCGUUUUCCAU